AUGCGGCGCAGGAUUAAGUUGUCGGACUUCGGAAUUUCCGAAGUCCGGCCUAAGAGAGCCGUCACCGGAGUUCUUAUAAUGGAGAUCCCCGAUGAAGGCAACGAGACCAGGGCAGACCGGCUACAAAAAGCCAUAUCCGCAUUGGCCGGAGAACUGGGGGUGACGGUCACAAGGCCCGUAAAGAUUUGUGAGUUGCGAGUCAGGGGCCUCGAUGAUUCUAUCACUCCCGAGGAAAUUGAGCAACCUGUAGUGGCUGUUGGGGGUUUUUGGCCGACCGAUAUAAAAGUCGGCCGAGCUCGCGCUUUACUCAAGGAGCUAUCUACAGCGUGA